AUGUCACUCCCCAUUCUUCCUGAUUUCGUUCUCCCCGUAGAGCUCCUGUUCCAGCGAGUGAUCCUGAUGUCGGGCACGGCCUACAGCCCCCAGUCGUUGGUGCAGGACCCACGGGACAGUGCCCUCCAGAUGGCCAUCGCACUCAACUGCACUUCGUCCGCCAAGGCCAAAGUGAAGAUCAAGGACGAGGAGCUGAUGACUUGCUUGAAGGAGAAGCCUUGGAGGCUCCUGUUGGAUAUCCCCGUGAAGUGUCCCCAUUUCACCAGUGCCUUCGGUCCCUCGGUGGACAACGUUUUGAUCAAACGGAACCUGGAUGACGCUCCGGAAAAGCAGUUUCAGAACGCUGAACCAUAUGACGUCAUGCUGGGUCUCACGGGUUUCGAACCCGCUUACUUGCUCAACGAACACCAGCUCCAGCUCGGGUUCGAUCUCGCUCACCUGGACAAAAUCUUUCGAACCGUGGUUCGGAACUUCUACCGAUUCCACCUGAGGGAGAUCCUGUCGGCGGUAGAGUACGAGUACACGGACUGGUCCCGAGCCGUGGAUUCCCCGCUGGGGAAUCGGGACGCGGCGAUCGAGGCCCUGGGCGACGCCAUGUUCGCAGCCCCAGCGUCCAUCUUCGCCCAAGAGAUGGUGGAGGAAAAGGCAGCUGUCUUCCUCUACCACUUUGCAUAUCGAGCCCCGUCCGACGAUCCUCCGUAUCCCCGGGGAUUGGGUCGUUUGGGAUGGGAAGACCUGCAGAUGCUCUUGGGCGCCCCAUUCACGGGGACUUUCAUCGGGAUGCCAUUCAAUUAUUCGAAGAAUGACGCAUUCAUCUCCCGACUCUUCAUGACCCACGUCGUCAACUUCGUCUCAUCCGGGGAUCCGAAUCGACCGCACAACAUUUCCUCGUCCCCGGACAAGUCUGUGAUGCAAUGGCCUGCCAUGGACACCUUGCUUCAGCGGUAUCUGGAAAUCGACCCUCGCGGCCGAGUGCGAGUGCGGAGCCAUUACCGAGCCCACCGGCUGGCACUGUGGACGCACCUGAUCCCUGAGAUCCAGGGGACCGGAUCCCGUCACGGAGACAUUCAGCCUCACCACCACCUCCUUCAGGGUCACCAAGACACAACUUCCUACGUCGGCCAGGUCCGGGAACUUCCCGAGGAGUGGGGGGAAUCUGAUGCCACUCAGAGUGAAAAGGAGAGUACCUCGGUGGGUACCACGGUCUCUCCAGAACUUUUCACCCCCGAAAUCAUCCGGGUCCUCCAGGACUCCCAGCGACCGUGGAAUGAAUCCUUGCGUCCAAGUUCCUACGAUUUAGACUAUAGCACGUAUUCCACUGCGUUGACGGUGACGAUCGCCAUCGGCUCCAGCCUCCUUAUCCUCAACGUCCUCAUCUUCGCCGGCGUUUAUUACCGGCGAGGCCGUCGGAAUCACUCCAAUCGAAGCCAGUACAGCGAAGCACCAACUUGUCCCAGGCAUGGGAGUUCCGAGACUUUUUUCGAAGAGUUUCAGGGCCAAUCCUCAAUCAAUACCCAAUUGGUGGAGGUGGGUUGUCCAGUGAGAAUAGUUGAAAAACGGACACGAUUCGCCGACGAGGACCCUCCAAACGGACAGGCCACGUUUGUGAGUGACGUGUCCCUGUGAUCCUCAAUAUCUUAUCAAUAAAUAGUUGAAGUUCUCGUUUUGGAGCUUUGAUUCGACCGAGAUUGUGAAAGAAUAGAGAUGAAUAAUGAAG